AGAUAGAUAGAUGAGGUGUGUCCUUAAUAAAGUCUGAAGUGAAUUGAAUAAUUACAUAAAUAGAUAAUGAUGAGAAGAAAAAAUAAUCAACUAAAAGAAAUUUAAAAAAUCGGUUGUAAAAUGCUUGCAUUUGAGUUUCCAUAAGUAUUUGUAUGAGCAAAAGCGACAUUUACGAAGAGCACCUGAAGCGGCAUUGGGUUCAGGAACGCCCCCUUCUCUCUUUGCCAGCCAAUGGGAUUCGUCGUGGUGAACACGCGUUUCUACCGUCUGUGACACGCGUCUGCUACGAACUUAGUCCCAGUUUGUUAUCUGUGAUUUGCAGCGAAUAAGCGAGAGAUAAUGUCUGUCCGUGUGUUAGAAAUACUCUUCUUCUUCUAUUUCGCCUCUCACAUUCCUAUCACACUGUUUAUUGACCUACAAGCCUUGCUGCCUGGACAUGUGUAUCCUCAGCCGCUGAGAGAUCUUCUGAAGUGGUACGCAGAGGAGUUCAAAGACCCCAUGGUUCUGGAUCCGCCAGUCUGGUUCAGGUCUUUCAUUUUCUGCGAGGCUUUGCUUCAAACGCCUUUUUUCCCCGUAGCAGCGUAUGCUUUCCUGAAAGGUGGCUGUAAGUGGAUCAGGACUCCUGCCAUCGUGUAUUCCACACAUGUGGCCACCACGCUGGUCCCGAUCCUAGCUCACAUCCUGUUGUACCAGUUCCCUAUGAAACCCCACCCUGGUCCCCAGACCCUGCAGGAGCGCUGGCUGCUGGUCUCCAUAUACUUACCAUAUCUGCUGGUACCCAUGCUGCUGCUCAUCACCAUGCUGCUGUCCUCCACAUACAACUCCACCUCCAAGUCUGCACACAAGUCAGCCAAAUCCAAGAAGAACUGACACCAGACUAAAGCUGAUUCACUCUUAUUUUAGCAGAUAUCCUUCUAUAUUUCUCAAUGUACCAUUUGUAUGUGAUGAAGAAGCCUAUCUGGGAGGCUGUGUGAGUCACACUGCAUCACACUGUCAUUAGAAAGAAUGUUCUCUGGUUAAACCAGCCAGAAUGAGCAAGUAAACAAAUUGUUG